UUUGUGGAAAUAAUCUGCUGAAGUCUGAAAGGAAAUAAAGAUUGCACACUGAUCAGCAAGUGUAGUAGGUUCAGCAUCUCUGAAAGUAAGAAGUUACCAGCCUUGUUCUGAACUGCUCAACACGAGCAGCAGUGGCUCAGAGCUGUGUGUGGGUACAGGUUUGCCAUUGCUGCUGCCAUGCUGACAGGCAGCAUCUGUUGCUUACUGCCCUUUGGUCUGUGUUUCCAAGUUCUGGAGUUUUCCUUUAUACAGGGGAUGUGGUGUCGAUUAAAACCACUUUGCAUUGGAGCUGAAGAUGUGUCCCAUUUGGGAAUGAGACUGUCCAGGGACUCUUUUUUGUCCCUCCCUCUGAAUAUUUAAGAGUAGUUCUAAAGAUGAAUUGUGUUUGAGCUGAGGAAACAGCUGUGUGUACCUGAUCCUGCUCAUCCUGGCCAUGGUGUUGUGUUUAGAAAGCUUGAAUGCAGCACCCCUCCAGUAACACAGCAUUUAAAGGCAGAUGAGUAGGAGGAAAGCUGAAUUGCUGCAGUUACACCUGUUUAUUUUCCUUUUUACUUUUUAUUUUGUAUUUAUCUCAGAUAGGCUGACAGUCAAGUGACAAGGUCUGUGUGGUUGCUAUCUGAUGAUUUUAAGAACCACUGAACUUAAACAGAGCCCUAAAAAUACAGUCCCUGUCUUGCAAACACUUUGGAAUUCAGCAACAGCUAUGAAAUUACUGGAUAUACUCUCACAUCCCUAAAGCUUUGAAUAUAUAGGGAAUGGGGAAUAAAUGAAGGAAUGUACCUGUGUUAUUGAGAGCUGGAAAAGAUCUGUGCAGCAGCAUCUGUUUUAUACUUGUUUAUGUAGUAAAGACUCACAUUGCUUGGAGGCCUUUUAUUUUUAGGCACCAGGGUCAUUUUGUCUCACCUAUUUUUGAGAAUGAGGUAGAAAUAUAUUUUAAGUCUUUGAGGAUAUAAAUCCUAAUGUUCAAACUUCAUGUUUCCCCUUCUUUUUUUCUCAAGGUACUGCAACUGCUUUAUGCAGAACUUUGAGUUGGAGCACUCAUUUUUGAAGAUUUCUCAUUGUUUUUCUGCAACUCUGAAAGCAGAAAAUGUGUUUGUUCUUCAGUUGUUAAAUUCUUAUAAUUGUUUAUCAUCAAAGUGUAAAUCAAAUACUGCUCAUCAAUCUGGGCUGAAUUGGCACUAAUGAAAUUUCAACAGGAGAUGAUGGUCAAUUAAUGAGAUGUUGAGAACAUAAGUUUUGAUUUCAAAGUUGGUACUUUAUUAUUGACCUAGUCUAGUGUAGGUGUCUAAAAUAUUUGUUCUCUCCAGGGCUUGGAUCAACUGCAAGGACAAAUUCUCCUUUUAAACCAAUUGUACAACAGAAACUUCUACAAGUGUGUAUAGACUUGGAUCAAUAGUCUUGAAAUAUAAUUUUUUAUUUCUGUGUAAACUAGAGACUGUAAUGAGAAUUAAUCAUUGUCUUCCUUUAUCCAUCCAGAUGUUUGCUCAGCUCUUGUGGAAAGCUUCUUCACUUAAGCAGAUGCUGUGAUAAAUGACCUGUGAAAUGGAUGUGAUACACAGAUUUUUUUUUUUUUUUGCAUUAGUUAAGAGGAAACUAUGUUAAAAAACCCCAAAAACCACAACCCCAAAAAAUCAGCCCAACAUAGAAUUAUUUUCAGUUUGAAUAUAAGGCCAAGCAAGUAGUCCUAUGCAAACCUGAGUAUGAAAAACUGAUACCUUGAGAAGACUCCUGAAUCCCCAGCAUCCCUUCUUGGGGUGUUUGCAUAGAGAGGGUUGCAGCAGGAUGUCGAAUUGUUUGAUUUAGUUUGCUCUGAGCACAGAGGGUGUCUCUUACAGUAGUCCACAGCCAGUCAGGUGGCUCAGAGGCCGUUCAGGUUGCCGUUGAACUCGAUGGAACACACGGUGAGUACAUGGAAUUGCAUGCCACGCUUGGGGCGCGGGGCAGGAGCACGCGGCUCUGCUGGCUCCUGGGAGCCUCAGAGUGCGUGUGGAGCGGGAUGUUUUGGCAGGUGUGCAAAUGGCACCGCUGUGAGCUGUGUGCCACGCUGCGCACAGGCAGGUAAAUUCUGUGUCUAGGGACCCCUGAGGAUUCCAGCAUGGUGUUCAGUCAGGGAUUGAACCUUGCUUCAACGUUACCAUGGAGGUAGUUACAAAAUUACUGGGCUGUUUGCUGUGUUACCGGGGUCAAAUAAUGGACCCUACAAACUGCAGAAUUUCAUCCUUUCCCUGGUUUUAACUUCUAUUUCUGCAAGUAAGGGCAUUUGAGCACAGCUGAUGGCCGUGUCCAGAGUCUGUGGGUGCCUUGCUUCCUCUCCUGGGGCUUUCCCAUUGCUUAUAAGUGGUGAAUAGAGGUGGGCAGAUCCUGCGUGCUUGGACAAUCCUCUCAAGCUUGUGCAUCUUUCCUUCUGUGAAAUAGAAAGAGGUGUUGUUCUUUUUCUAGCAUUCAGUGCUGUUGUCUUCUGCAGCCUGUAGGCAUGAAAGACUGAUGAAACAGGUAAUUUCUUUAUAGAAUAUUUUUAACAGUAGAUUUCAGUUGUCUUGAAGCAGACUGAGAGGAAGAGGCUCAGCAUAGGCUGGACUAUGGUAACUUUGUGCUGCUGAGGGUCAGGUUUUUGUUGAUCCUUUUUCAUGUACAGUGUCAGGAAUCUUUCAAAAUCAGGAUGGGUAGCAGGAAGGGAAACCUUUUUUGCAGACCAGCACAUUGAAAAUCAAGGCUCUUGUUCCUGUGAUGAUGUAAACAGAUCUUCAGCUGGUACAUGGAGGGAUGCUUUCCUCUAGAAGCUCUUAAAGAGAUUCAGACCAUGUGUCAUGUCCAGCCACAAUUACAUGUCACUGUGAAACCAGAACACUGACCUUACUGAUUUGGCUUUCACAAUCAUUUCUACAGAGCUGACUUCAUUCCUGGUUUAAAAAUUACUUGUAAAUACAUAACCCUGGGGGUUUGGAUUUUGGUGGAGGUUUUUUUAUAUUUUAUUUUGUUUGCUUUGUUUUGUACUGGUGUUUUUAUCAACAAUAGCCUGGCACUCUUAAAAUUGCUUAAACAGGACCAGGGAGUAGUGGCCUGCAAGUGGUAAAGAUCUGUUUCUUCUGUGUUGGAAUAGUACACGGUGCAAGCUGUUACUCAGCUUCAAAGCUGUACAGAAUGCCAGUGCUGGUGUCCCAGCAGGGAUUCUCCAAGAUAACAGCAGCACAGUGACGUGAGGGGAAGCUGCCAGUUGUGCUGAUGGAGAGCGUGGACUGGCCUGGGACGUGAUACCAGCCACGUCUCAAACACCACAGGGGGCACACUCACCUUGUUGUGCAAGAGACGGCGUGGGGGUGGCUGUUCUUUUCAAGGCAGUGUUCCAAAUCCUGAUUCAUUACAUCCAAAACUUAGUGUAGAGAGGGGUGGGUGGAGAUGGGGAUUGUCCCAGAUAAGACUGAUCAAUUGCCUCUGGUCAUCUUUGAUCACAGGUCUGUGAAAUGUCAGCACUUCAAAGUGAUUUCAUGAAAUACUUGUGCAGGAUGAGUACUGCAUCCCAGUCUUAGAAAUAUCACUGGAGUUUGGGACAGCCAUUAGCACUGCCAUGGAAAGGAAACAGUCUGAUUUGCCUCUGUAAACUUCAGCAUCAACUUGCUGAUAAUUAGUCUUGAUUUUUUUUUUUCCCUUCUGCACAAUUGUGCAUUCUGGGGAAAAAAAAGUUGUUAUGCUUUAAUGUAAAAAACCAGCAAACCCAGAAAUAUGGAGUCCAGUGAAUGUUUUCCAUGCAACAUUAAUAUCUUUCAUUUCACACCUAGAGUCUUUCCAAGAUUAUACAUGAACCCUCCUAGACUUUGUGCUCAGUGUAUUUGUUGCUAGACAGAAUCAAGAGCUCUCCAGGAAUGUACUGCUGCCCUGGGGAAUUUUAACAUCCCUUUCCAAGGAAGUUAGCAGGACGUGUAUCCUGGUGAGUGGAGAGGUUUAUAAAAUAUCCUGUUUUAGCACUGGUGCUAUGCAGUUUUUGGACACAUUCUCUGAUUUCUGGCCUCAGUAAGGUGAACUGGCUCUUCCAGUUCCUUAACUUAUCUGUCCUGCUGUAUGAAUAAGGCACAGGUGGUGGAACAUGAUCAGCAUUUGAGUGAAUCAGCAGGGUCUUAUGCAAAAGAAGGUUUGAGUUGUCAUCAGCUCCAUGAAUAGGGCUCUGAGGAACUCCUCAUCUGGAGAGAAGUUGGUGAAAGUGGCAGAAUUACAGUUUUAACAGCUGUCACUCCCUUUAUUCCUGAGAACUGGAAGGAUUUUUCUCUCUGUUCACAAAAAUAUUGUCUCAGGACAAUGAUUUUUCCUCAAAUGCUUUUUGUCUACCACCCUAGCACUGCUGCUCAGGUCUGGAAAAUUCUGCAAAAUCUUUUUCAGUAACAUGCUGUAAUACUAAUCAAUACUGUUGAGUGUAAGGCCCCUGCAGUCCCAGUUUCUCAGUCUCAGGGGCUUUGUACCAAAACCAGGCUUUGAAGUCAGAUCUGAAGUACUUUUUACAGUGUCUUGCAUCAUUUGUUAUCUGUGAGGAGGAGGUUCAGUAGUAUGGGUAGGACACAGAUAAGUUUGUUGCUAUGGCCAUAAAUUCACCUCUUCCUAGCAAAUUCCCUGAUGCUGAUCCCAGCAGAAAUGCCCAUUGCUUGUGUGCAGUAUAUUUUCUCAUUUCACCUGCUCCCAUGCACCUGCCCCUACAGACUAAAAGGUGUCUGGUCUGUUUCUGCUUCUCUGGUCCUUGCUCUGAAACAACACUCCUCUUACUUGCUGGAGAGGGGGAUGGCAGAAAUAUUGACAGGGACUAAUUUUUUCUGUGGUCUUGAAGUGUUAGUUCUUUCUCCCUUACCAGGGAGGGCUGCUAGCAUUUAUUAGCUUUCCCCCAGUAGGAUCUGAGCUUCGUACAUUCACAUUCGUGAGUGUGACUGUGCCAUGUGACUAUAACUGCAGAAUGAAUACUUCUGACUGUAUGUUCUCAUGUGAUCUGUUCCACCAGCUUAUGUUGAAAUUGGGACAGCUUUUGUAUUUUUUCAUUGUACUUUGUCUUCCAGGAAAUUGGCACUGGAGUUAAAAAGUAGAUUUUAUUGCACAUUCAGUUGCUAUUAUGAUUGCCUGAAUGCAGCUCUUGGUUUGAUGGGAAAGAAGCAGAAAUGCUUUAUUUGCAGUACUUACCUGAAUCUGGGAUUGAAUUAUUUUCUACUUCUGAUGCUGGUGUUUACCUUGGCACCUUUUUGGUCAGGCAGAGGAAAGUCAAGUCACUGAAUGUAAGAUGCCACCUGCUCCCGUUUCCCCACGUAAAAGGAUAUUGAGAGAAUAAAAUCUCAAGUUAAACGGGACCUGUCCUAAGGAAAGUGCUGCAGCCUUUCCUCUGAUCAGUAAAGGGGUUGGGAAAUACUGGGUGUGUCUUUGAUCUGUUUCCCAAGAGCUCAGCCUAGUCAUCUGCACACGGGUGGGGAGACAAGAGGUUCCAGCUGCAGCCCAAAACAACUCUGUUUUAAGAUGUGGGUGACUGGAGGCUGAUGUUUGCUUUUCUUUUCUAUGUGAAGACUGUAAACACUACUUUUCGUGCUUUUUACAUUUAUUAAUAAUAUUGCCAGUGCUUUACAUUGCUUUUCCCCCCCUUUUUCCCGUUUGUCUCCUCCAGUUCAGUAAUGGUAGGCUCCGUGUGUUGCAGGUCACAUGGUUCCAUGACACAUGUGUGUGUGUAUAUAUGCGAGAUGCCUGGGGACUCUGCUCAGACUGCCCUGAACUUCCCUCUUCAGAGCCACUCAUCAUUUCAGAGAAGUCAUCUGCCACCAUGAUGGCUGGGGGCUUAUCUGAAACCAAGCCAGCUACUCCAGAAGUUCAGCAGCUUGUUAACCAGGUGAAGCUACAGUUUGAAAGCCAGGCAGGCAUGAACUGUGCUGUCUUUACAGCCAUAGUAUAUAAGACUCAAGUGGUUGCUGGGACAAUGUACUUUAUUAAGGUCCAAGUUUCCGAUGACAAAUAUGUCCAUUUAAAGGUGUUUCAGAGUCUUCCUCAUGAGAACCUAGGUCCCAGCCUCGUCAGUUUUCAGACUGGCAAAACCAAAGAUGACCCUCUGACCUACUUCUAAGACACUAUGUGUUGCAGUGCCUCACCUCUGCAAAUCCUAUGGGAAUUCUGCCCACGACAGUAAAUAAAAUAAGUUUGGAAAGCUA